UGGCGUUGCAUCAGAUUCUCCCGUCGUCGCCAUCGCUAUCCCCACCUUCAUCAUCAUGGUUYCACGGRGUUUCUCGCACAGCCAUAUGGCUGCCGCGAUAGCCUGCGCGAUGGUUCUUAUCGCGAGUAGCGGAGUGCAGGGGCGGAAUAUGCGUUCGCUCGAGGAGGCCUCGGCGGCGGGYUCCGGRUAUUCUCUGGCGGAUGUGCAUCGUGCUUGCGCCUCGUAUGACGGAGUGUGYAAUSAAAGCUCGGCGUGUGUCGCUGCCAUCACCAAGUACAGAAGCGAGGUGUACGGAGUGSCUGACCACUGCGACUGCGCCAAUGCCAUCGGAUACGAUCUGGUCAAUGCCUACCCUUCGAUCAGCCCCGCUGUCACGUACAUCUCCAACUGUAUGCCGGACUGUCUCUUCGGAGAAUCUUGCCCGUUYAUCUCCACGAUGAUUGCUGUCCUUGGCAAUGGCGGCGGGCGGGGAGCGAUGGCGGGUGACAACGAGACCGACUUGACAGGUGUCGGCUUGGUGAAGCUGAACAUAGAGACCAGUGAGGUGAUGUUCAACCUGACGUCGGCAGCUCUGACCGACAGCGUCAUCAAGGCGGGACUAGAGAUCACGAUCAAGAGGGGCACGCCUGAUACCGAAGGAGAGGUGGUGCUCACUCUGUCGAGCGCAACUCCAGGAGUCGUGGCCGGAUCCGUGAAGGUGCCCGACUUCCAGGCUGCGAAGGACAUCGCCUACUCUCCCGAGGAUUACUACCUGGACGUUCGCGCGAAGCAAGCCAAUGCAGGGCACCUCAGGGGCACGUUGGCAGCCACGGCGGCGUUGAUGGCGCAGGUCUCGUCCGCCGCUUGCGGGCCUUCUUCUUCAAGCAACGGCACGACACCCCCCAAGGGCACUACGGGUGUGGUCAGUCUCGUGGUCGACAGCUUCCGGGUGUGCUACAAGCUGGGCGGCAUCGCGAACAACACGGAGAAGAGCGCGAGUGUGAACACCGGGGAGAUGUGCAGUGCGAACAGUUCGGUGGUCAUCCCGCUUUUCGGCGGGCUUGGCUCCGCAGCGCCGCAGAUGUCGGGCUGUAGCACCCCGCCCGAGUCCACCAUUCUUGCGCUUCUUGCCGAUCCGAGCGCAUUCUUCGCGAGUCUAAACGUGAGCGGCAACUGUUCCACUUCGCCUGCGGCGAGUCUCAAGGGCGAGUUCAGGUCGAAGGUGACGCUUACCGCAACGUUGAAGAAGGUCGGUUUUGUCGGGGCCGACAGGCAGGAGGACAGGGAGGGAGUCUUUACCAAGGUCGAUCUCGUGAUCGGAGAGGGCUACGGUUGCUUCUCCUUCUUGCAAGGGAAGGAUUUCGGGGAUGCGACGGCAGCCUACCUCCGUGCUGGAGCGCGUAACGUGACAGGAGAUGUGCUAGCCAUGUUCUUCAGGGAUGAAACGCCGGCCCCGAAAACCGGCUGCGUCUCUCUUGACAACGACAUCAUCGCUUCCAUGGCCACGGACCCUGCAUCCUACUACGUCACAAUGAGUACUCUCCAGACCCCGAACGAAGCAGUACGAGGCCAGCUUCAGUACGCGUAAGCCGCUCGAAAGAGUCUCUUCCUGACGGAAUCCUGACGAAAGUUCCCUCUGUGUGUGUACCCGACUCGGCGUCUUAGCCCUG